AAGCCGAGAGCGGCGGAGCAGGACCGGCCGGGAGGGCUUCCCUCCACGGUUGUGGUCCCCAUCCUUGCGGCCCAACCCCGGCUCCUGGAACACCUCGCAGGCAGCGUGCGGAGUUCCUGGCACUUUUCCGGAGGUGCCCUGUGAACCCCUGCUGGAGACAGAUUUGCACGCUUUCAGGCUGCUCUGCCGAAGCCUAACACCUGGACCAUGCAAGCCGCUGGGACCCCAGGAAUCUCGUACCGGGCAAGCCGGACACCCAGUUGUGCCAGCUUUCAGCCGAGACCCUCGUCGACGCCCCGACUGCGACGGCUGCUACUGCUUCUGCUGUCACUGGUAAGCGGCGUCCUGGCACAGCCCGCUGACCCUGGCCGGGCGUUCCUGUCCCGGGGUCUUUCAGGGGCUGCAGGGGUUCCUGCCGAGGAGGCCAUAGUACUGCAGAACCGCGAACUCCGCGUGCCUUUCGGUCGUGAAGUCUGGCUGGAUCCGCUGCAGGACCUGGUGUUGCAGGUGCAGCCGGGAGACCGCUGCUCGGUGACUGUGCUGGACAACGACGCGCUGGCCCAGCGGCCGGGCCGCCUGAGUCCUAAGCGCUUCCCUUGCGACUUCGGCCCCCGCGAGGUGCGCUACUCACACCUAGGUGCGCGCAGCCCUUCUCGGGAUCGCGUCAGGCUGCAGCUACGCUACGACGCGCCGGGAGGGACCCUGGUGCUGCCGCUAGUGCUGCAGGUGGAAGUGGUCUUCAGCCAGCUGGAGAUUGUGACUCGGAACUUGCCCUUGGUCGUGGAAGAAUUGCUGGGGACCAGCAAUGCCCUGGACGCACGGAGCCUGGAGUUUGCCUACGAGCCCGAGACAGAGGAGUGCCGCGUGGGCAUCCUCUCCGGCCUGAGUGCGCUACCUCGCUAUGGAGAACUCCUGCACUUUCCGCAGGUUCCCCGAGAAGAGGGAGGCGCUCCGGAGCCGCUCCUGAUGGACUGUAGACCUUUCCUGGAGCUCGGAGUGCGCUACCGCCACACGGCCCCGAGCCGCUCCCCCAACAGAGACUGGGUACCCAUGGUUGUAGAGCUACGUUCGCGAGGGGCUCCUGUGGGCAGCCCUGCUUUGAAACGCGAACAUUUCCAGGUACUGGUGAGGAUUCGAGGAGGGGCUGAGAACAGCGCCCCCAAGCCCAGUUUUGUGGCCAUGAUGAUGAUGGAGGUGGAUCAAUUCGUGCUCACUGCCCUAACCCCAGACAUGCUGGCAGCUGAAGAUGCGGAGUCGGCACCUGACCUGCUCAUCUUCAACCUCACCUCUCCGUUUCAACCCGGCCAAGGCUACUUGGUGAGCACUGAUGACCGGAGCCUGCCGCUCUCCUCCUUCACGCAGAGGGACUUGCGCCUCUUGAAGAUUGCCUACCAGCCCCCUCAUGAGGACUCAGACCAGGAACGUCUGUUUGAGCUGGAGCUGGAGGUAGUGGACCCAGAAGGAGCAGCCUCAGACCCUUUCGCCUUCAUGGUGGUGGUGAAGCCCAUGAACACGCUGGCUCCAGUGGUCACCCGGAACACUGGUCUUAUUCUCUAUGAGGGUCAGUCUCGGCCCCUCACGGGCCCUGCAGACGGUGGGUCACAAAACUUGGUCCUCAGUGAUGAGGAUGACCUGGAAGCAGUGCGGCUGGAGGUGGUGGCUGGACUGCGACAUGGUCACCUUGUCAUUCCGGGUGCUGCCAGUGGCAAUGUUGCUCCCAAGACCUUCUCAGCUGCCCAGCUGGCCGCUGGUCAAGUGGUCUACCAGCAUGACGACAGAGAUGGCUCGCUGAGUGACAACCUGGUGCUUCGUAUGGUGGAUGGAGGAGGCAGGCACCAGGUACAGUUCCUGUUCCCCAUCACCUUAGUGCCUGUUGAUGACCAACCCCCAGUCCUCAAUGCCAAUACAGGCCUGACCCUGGCGGAGGGAGACACAGUGCCCAUCCCACCCCUUGCUCUGAGUGCAACUGACAUGGAUUCUGAUGACGCUUUCCUGCUUUUUGUGUUGGAGUCACCCUCCUCAAGCACCGGGCAUCUGCUUCUCCGCCAAACUCAGCCUCCCAGCGAGGAAGAGGAGCUUACCAGGGGCCAGUGGAAGAAACAGGGAGCAUUUUAUGAGCGAAUCGUGACAGAGUGGCACCAACAGGACAUAAUAGAAGGGCGGCUAUUCUACAGGCACUCUGGGCCCCAUAGUCCUGGACCAGUCGUGGACCAGUUCACAUUUAGAGUGCAAGAUAACAGUGACCCCCCUAAUCAGUCCGGGCUGCAGAAGUUUGUGAUACGCAUUCAUCCCGUGGAUCGCCUACCUCCAGAGCUGGGCAGCGGCUGCCCCCUGCGGAUGGUAGUGCAGGAAUCCCAGCUCACACCACUGAGGAAGAAGUGGCUGCGCUACACAGACCUCGACACAGAUGACCGAGAACUCCGUUAUACAGUUACCAGGCCGCCAAUGGACACAGAUGAGAACCACUCACCAGCCCCGCUGGGAACCUUGGUCCUGACUGACAAUCCCUCCAUUGUGGUGAUGCAAUUUACUCAAGCCCAGAUCAACCAUCAUAAAAUUGCUUACAGACCUCCCAGUGAGGAACUGGGAGUGGCUGCCAGAGUGGCCCAGUUCCAGUUUCAGGUGGAAGACCAAGCUGGGAAUGUGGCUCCAGGCACCUUCACCCUUUACCUGCAGCCAGUGGACAAUCAGCCUCCUGAGAUCCUCAACACUGGCUUCACCGUUCAGGGGAAGGGCCACCAUGUUCUGAGUGAGACUGAGUUGCAUGUCACUGAUGUGGACACUGAUGCGUCCCACAUCUCCUUCACUCUCACACAGGCACCCAGGCAUGGCCUGGUGCAAGUGUCUGGACAGAUCCUGCAUGUUGGAGGAACCUUCCAUCUAGAGGACAUAAAACAGGGUCGGAUUUCCUACGCACAUAAUGGGGAUGACUCCUUGAUGGAUAGCUGCUCCUUGGAAGUCAGCGAUAGGCACCACAUGCUGCCCAUCACUCUGAGAGUGAACAUCCGGCCAGUGGAUGAUGAGGUGCCCACGUUAAGCCUUCCUGCUGGCACUCUGGAGUCCUAUCUUGAUGUCCUAGAAAAUGGGGCUACUGAAAUCACUGCCAAUGUUAUUAAGGGGACCAAUGAGGUCACUGAUGAUUUGAUGUUGACUUUCCUUGUAGAAGAUCCACCCUUGUAUGGAGAAAUUCUGCUCAAUGGAGCUCCAGCAGAGCAGUUUACCCAACGAGACGUUUUGGAAGGUUCUGUUGUCUAUGCCCACACUAGUGGGGAGAUAGGUCUAUUGCCCAAAGCAGACUCGUUUAACUUGAGCCUAUCAGAUGUGUCUCAAGAAUGGAGAAUCAGUGGUAACAAGAUCCAGGGAGUUACUGUGUGGGUGACCAUCCUUCCAGUGGACAACCAGGCCCCACAGAUUUCUGUAGGUGAACAAUUUGUGGUGAUGGAAGGUGAUAAAAGUGUUAUUUCCUCAACACAUGUAAGUGCUGAAGAUCUUGACUCUCUGAACGAUGACAUCUUAUGCACAAUACUUAUGCAGCCUGCUUCAGGUUAUGUUGAAAACAUUUCUCCAGCUCCGGGCUCUGAGAAAUCAAGAGCGGGGAUUGCUAUAAGUGCUUUUACUCUAAAAGACCUCAGGCAAGGUCACAUUAACUAUGUCCAGAGUGUCCACCAGGGUGUGGAGCCUGUGGAGGAUCGAUUCGUAUUUCGAUGCUCUGAUGGCAUUAAUUUCUCAGAGAGACAUUUUUUUCCCAUCGUGAUCAUGCCUGCCAAUGAUGAGCACCCAGAAAUGUUCAUGAGAGAAUUCAUGGUCAUGGAAGGCAUGAGUCUGGUCAUUGACACACCCAUCCUCAACGCUGCCGAUGCUGACGUGCCCCCUGAUGAGUUAACUUUCACCAUUACCCAAUUUCCUACUCACGGUCACAUCAUGAACCAGCUGAUAAAUGGUACAGUUUUGGUGGAAAGCUUCACCUUGGAUCAGAUCAUAGAGAGUUCCAGCAUUAUUUAUGAGCAUGAUGACUCUGAGACACGGGAGGACAGUUUUGUGAUUAAACUAACAGAUGGCAAGUAUUCCCUGGAAAGGAUGGUGCUUGUCAUGGUAAUUCCUGUCGAUGAUGAGACUCCCAGAAUGACCAUCAAUAAUGGACUAGAAAUAGAAAUCGGGGAAACAAAAAUAAUCAACAACAAGAUAUUAAUGGCAACUGAUUUGGAUUCUGAUGACAGAUAUUUGGUUUAUGUUAUUCGUUAUGGCCCUGGACAUGGGUUACUACAAAGACGGAGACCCACAGGUGCCCUUGAAAACAUCACCCUGGGCAUGAAUUUUACCCAAGAUGAAGUGGACAGAAACUUAAUCCAGUAUGUUCACAUGGGGCGAGAGGGCAUUCGGGACCUAAUUAAGUUUGAUGUGACGGAUGGAAUAAAUGCCCUCAUAGAUCGCUAUUUUUAUGUGUCCAUUGGGAGCAUUGAUAUCGUUUUCCCUGAUGUGAUAAGUAAGGGAGUGUCCUUGAAAGAAGGUGGCAAAGUAACUCUCACAACAGACCUACUAAGCACUAGCGACUUGAACAGCCCUGAUGAAUACUUAGUUUUUACCAUCACCAGGGCUCCCAUAAGAGGUCACUUGGAGUGCACGGAUCAACCAGGGGUGUCCAUCACAUCCUUCACUCAACUCCAACUGGCUGGCAACAAAAUCUACUAUAUCCACACAGCUGAUGAUGAGGUGAAGAUGGACAGUUUUGAGUUCCAAGUCACCGAUGGACAUAACCCCGUCUUCCGGACCUUCCGUAUCUCCAUCAGUGAUGUGGACAACAAGAAGCCAGUGGUCACCAUCCAUAAUCUGGUUGUCAGUGAGAGUGAAAACAAGCUUAUCACUCCCUUCGAACUCACAGUGGAAGACCGAGAUACACCUGACAGACUCCUGAAAUUCACUAUCACUAGAGUACCUGUUCAUGGACAUCUUCUUUUCAACAACACCAGACCGGUCAUGGUUUUCACAAAGCAAGACUUGAACGAAAACUUAAUCAGCUACAAACAUGAUGGCACUGAGUCCAGUGAAGAUAGCUUCUCCUUCACAGUAACAGAUGGUACCCAUACAGAUUUCUAUGUUUUUCCUGAUACAGUAUUUGAAACAAGGAGGCCCCAAGUGAUGAAGAUCCAGGUCUUAGCUGUUGACAAUAGUGUCCCCCAAAUUGCAGUGAAUAAGGGGGCCUCAACGCUUCGCACACUGGCCACAGGCCACUUAGGAUUUAUGAUCACAAGCAAAAUAUUGAGAGCAGAGGACAAAGACAGCUUACACUUUUCUCUCAGGUUUAUUGUGACAGAAGCCCCUCAACAUGGUUAUCUCCUCAACCUGGGCAAAGGCAACCAUAGUAUCACUCAGUUUACCCAAGCUGACAUUGAUGACAUGAAAAUAUGCUAUGUGUUAAGGGAAGGAGCUAAUGCCUCAAGUGAUGUGUUCCAAUUUACAGUUGAAGAUGGUGGUGGAAACAAGUUAACCAAGCAGCAUUUUCGUCUGAACUGGGCAUGGAUCUCUUUUGAAAAGGAGUAUUACCUGAUCAACGAGGAAUCCAAAUUUCUCGACGUUGUCAUUAAACGUAGAGGCUACUUGGGAGAAACAUCCUUCAUAAGCAUUAGCACAAGAGAUGGGACUGCAGAAAAAGACAAAGACUUCAAGGGCAAAGCACAGAAGCAGGUGCAGUUCAACCCAGGCCAGACGAGGGCCACGUGGCGAGUGCGGAUCGUGAGUGAUGGGGAGCAUGAGCACUCGGAGACCUUCCAGGUGUUGCUCUCAGAGCCUGUGCUGGCCGCUCUGGAGUUCCCCACAGCCACCACAGUGGAGAUUGUGGACCCUGGAGAUGAAUCAACUGUGUUUAUUCCCCACUCUGAAUACUCUGUUGAAGAAGAUGUUGGUGAACUGUUUAUUCCCAUCAGGAGAACUGGAGAUGUCAGUCGGGAGUUAAUGGUGAUCUGUUAUACCCAACAAGGGACAGCAACUGGAACUGUGCCGACUUCCGUGCUGUCUUACUCGGAUUACAUAUCCAGGCCUGAGGACCACACCAGCGUUGUUCGCUUUGACAAAGAUGAGCAGGAGAAGAUGUGCCGGAUUGUUGUUAUUGACGACUCUUUGUAUGAAGAGGAGGAAACAUUCCAUGUCCUUCUGAGUAUGCCAAUGGGUGGGAGACUGGGAGCCGAGUUCCCAGGGGCUCAAAUUACAAUUGUCCCUGACAAAGAUGAUGCACCUGUCUUCCACUUCGGGGACGGCAAGUACUCUGUGGAUGAGAGCGCCGGCUACGUGGAGGUGCGAGUGUGGAGGUCAGGCACCGACCUCUCCAAGGCUUCCAGUGUCAUGGUGAGAUCUCGGAAAACAGACCCUCCUUCGGCAGAUGCUGGGACAGACUAUGUGGGAAUCAGUCGUAGCUUAGAUUUUGCCCCUGGAGCCAACAUGCAAACUGUUCGUAUUACCAUUCUGGAUGACCUCGGACAACCAGUGCUGGAGGGAAUUGAGAACUUUGAACUGGUGCUUCGUAUGCCUACGAACGCAGCCCUUGGCGAGCCCAGCAAAGCCACGGUGUCUAUAAAUGACUCCAUCUCUGACUUGCCUAAGAUGCAAUUCAAAGAGCGAAUGUACACUGGCCAUGAAAAUGACGGGCAGAUAGUUGCCGUGAUCCACAGGAGUGGAGACAUCCGGUACCAGUCUUCAGUAAGAUGCUACACACGGCAGGGCUCGGCACAGGUGAUGAUGGACUUUGAAGAACGCCCCAACACUGACAUCUCCGUGAUCACCUUCCUACCUGGUGAGACUGAAAAACCUUGUAUUCUUGAGUUGAUGGAUGACACACUCUACGAGGACAUUGAAGAGCUCCGCCUGGUACUGGGCACCCCACAGAGCAACUCUCCCUUCGGAGCUGCAAUUGGUGAACAGAAUGAGACUCUGAUAAGGAUCCAAGAUGAUGCUGAUAAGGCUAUCAUUAAAUUUGGAGAGACCAAAUUUAGCAUCACUGAACCCAAGGAACCAGGAGGGUCAGUGAUUAUAAAAAUUCCAGUGAUUCGUCAAGGGGACACCUCAAAGGUUUCCAUUGUCAGAGUCCACACCAAGGACGGCUCAGCUACCUCGGGAGAGGAUUAUCACCCUGUUUCAGAAGAAAUUGUGUUUAGGGAAGGAGAAACCCAACACAUUGUUGAGAUUGAAGUUAUCUUUGAUGGAAUACUAGAGAUGAGGGAGGCCUUCACUGUCCAUCUGAAACCUGAUGAAAAUAUGAUAGCAGAGACACAGGCAACCAAAGCCAUUGUAUAUAUAGAAGAAAUGAACAGCAUGGCAGAUGUUACUUUUCCCUCUGUCCCCCAAGUUAUGUCCUUGCUGGUAUAUGACGAUAGCUCCAGAGCUAAGGAGGGAGCUGGACCCGUGUCUGGCUAUCCAGUCAUCUGCAUCACAGCUUGCAACCCCAAAUAUUCAGACUACGAGAAAACAGGCUCUAUUUGUGCAAGUGAGAACAUCAAUGACACUUUGACGCGGUACCGAUGGCUGAUUAGCGCUCCCGCCGGCCCGGAUGGUGUGACCAGCCCCAUGAGGGAAGUGGACUCUGACACCUUUUUUACAUCAUCAAAGAUGAUCACCUUGGACUCCAUAUACUUUCAGCCUGGCUCCCGGGUGCAGUGUGCAGCUCGUGCUGUGAAUGCUGACGGCAAUGAGGGCCUGGAGUUGAUGAGCCCCAUUGUUACCAUCAGCAGGGAAGAAGGUCUUUGUCAGCCACGUGUGCCAGGGGUAGUGGGAGCAGAGCCAUUCUCAGCUAAAUUGCGCUACACUGGCCCAGAAGACCCAGACCACGCAAACCUCAUCAAACUCACUAUCACCAUGCCACAUAUAGAUGGCCUGCUCCCUGUGAUCUCUACCCGAGAGCUCUCCAAUUUUGAGCUCACCCUGAGCCCUGAUGGCACAAGAGUUGGGAACCACAAGUGCUCCAACCUCCUGGAUUAUACUGAAGUGAAAACCCACCAUGGUUUCUUGACCGAUGCUACCCAAAACCCAGAAGUGAUUGGAGAGACGUUUCCUUACCAGUACAGCUCAUCCGUUCGAGGCUCCAGUACCUUGCGCUUCUACAGGAACCUGAACCUAGAGGCCUGUUUGUGGGAGUUUGUCAGCUACUAUGACAUGUCAGAACUCCUCACCGACUGUGGAGGCUCCAUUGGAACAGAUGGGCAGGUGCUGAACCUGGUCCAGUCCUACGUGACUCUUCGGGUCCCUCUGUAUGUUUCCUAUGUGUUCCAUUCACCCGUGGGGAUAGGAGGCUGGCAGCAUUUUGACUUGAAGUCGGAGCUCCGUCUGACUUUCGUGUACGACACUGCCAUCUUGUGGAAUGAUGGACUUGGCAGCCCGCCAGAGGCUGAGCUACAAGGUUCUCUUUAUCCAACCAGCAUGCGCAUAGGUGAGGAGGGGCGUUUGGCAGUGAACUUCAAGACAGAGGCUCAGUUCCAUGGGCUGUUUGUGCUGUCACAUCCAGCCUCCUUUACGAACUCCAUGAUCACGUCAGCUGACCAUCCAGGUCUGACUUUCUCCCUGCGCCUCAUCAGGAGUGAACCGACCUACAAUCAGCCCAUCCAGCAAUGGAGUUUUGUCUCUGACUUUGCAGUACGUGACUACUCAGGGACCUAUACAGUAAAACUGGUGCCAUGCACCACGCCAUCCAGUCAGGAGUACCGCCUGCCCAUCACCUGCAAUCCCAGAGAGCCAAUCACCUUUGAUUUUGACAUUCGAUUCCAACAGGUCAGCGAUCCAGUAGCCGCUGAGUUUAGUUUGAACACUCAAAUGUACCUCCUCUCCAAGAAGAGUCUGUGGUUGUCUGAUGGAUCCAUGGGAUUUGGGCAAGAGAGCGAUGUUGCCUUUGCCGAAGGUGACAUAAUUUACGGUCGUGUCAUGGUAGACCCUGUCCAGAAUCUAGGUGAUUCCUUCUACUGCAGCAUUGAGAAGGUGUUCCUGUGCACUGGGGCCGACGGAUAUGUUCCCAAAUACAGUCCAACGAAUGCAGAAUAUGGCUGCCUAGCUGAUUCUCCUUCACUCUUAUACAGAUUUAAAAUUGUGGACAAAGCUCAGCCAGAGACACAAGUUACCAGUUUUGGAAAUGUCCUGUUUAAUGCCAAGCUGGCGGUGGAUGACCCGGAAGCCAUUCUGCUGGUGAAUCAGCCGGGAUCUGAUGGAUUUAAAGUAGACUCCACACCACUCUUUCAGGUUGCUCUGGGACGAGAAUGGUACAUUCACACGAUCUACACAGUAAGAUCCAAAGACAAUGCCAAUCGUGGCAUUGGAAAAAGAAGUAUAGAGAAGCAAUAUCACUCCCUGGUGCAUCAGGGAAAGCCCACUGGCAGGAAGAAGAGGGAGAUCCAGAGCGCACCAUCACUGGCAUCAGAGAUCGGCGCUGAUAACAACCGGGGAACAAACAUCCAGCAUAUUGCCCUAGACCGCACCCACAAGAGGCAGAUCCCCCAUGGGAGAGUUCCCCCUGAUGGUGUCCUCCCACGGGAGCUUAACAGUCCAAGUUCCGAGGUGCACCUGCUCACUGUCGUGGGAGGCAUUGGGGUAGGAUUACUCACCAUCUGUCUCACUGUCAUUGCCAUGAUGAUGCGCAAGAGAAAGAAGAGCAGCAGGGAGAAGAAAGACCCAAAGGGCUCCAGCAGCAGAGAGCCCAUGAUGCCCACACAGAGCCACCACCACGACAGCUCAGAAGUGUGAUGACCACAGGUGGAAUUCCGAUUUUACAAGUGCCUCAAAAAAGACAAAAGACUACCUGAUACUUCUGGUAAACCACAGAUAUGGGGGAACUUGUGAUGAAGCUGCUCAGAGAACUCAUCUGUACUAAUGUAUACUUUGAAUUCUGUCUACUCUUCCAUGCACCAAAGGACAAAUUCAGACCACAUCUUUGCUCUUGUCUAGAGUGUGGCAAUGCUGUAUUCAUGCCUUUACAGAGCCCAUAGAUGGACCAUGAGCAAUGGGCCUCCCUUUGUAGGCCCAUCCUCUCCCCAGUAAAAGGAACCUAUUCCAUGGUGCUAAAGACUCAGAGGUGUACGAGGAGGUUGCUGUUAUCUCAGAAUGUUGAAGGUGCAAUCAUCACAUUGUUUAUUCACCGUGUGAAGGCACUUCAAAAAGUUUAUGGAAAAAGAAUUAAAAAAUAACUAGACUUUGGUGCAUAAAAAACUUUGAAAUCCAUGUGGAGUUUUUCACAAUAUUCAUUUUCCAAUAACUUUUUGAAGAUUCCUUGUAUUGCAGAAUGGUACCAGAAAGGCACUGAUUGAUUGGUAGUUUAGAAGAGUAAUGAGCAUACUGCUUGUUAUAACAAGUUUUCUCAUGAAUGAAGACAGCAUAGAUUUAUGACAAGGGGUAGCUCAACCCACAAUUUAUUUUUUUCUACUAUUUUGAAGAUAAUGAAAGGAAAGCCGAAAGAAAGGAAAUUCACACGUCUGGAUUUGAAUGGCUUCUCAUCCACACCAAACCUUCCUUGCUUUAUUUGUUUAUUUAAUAUUAAGUUAAACCAAAGAGUAUCUUAAUUCUGGAAGAGAAUUUUAAGAGAAACUGUUCUGUUUAGGCACAUAGUGAGUAACAAUAAGGCUUUUGCAUGAUGAUAUACUUCUUGAUAUUCAACAUUCCUGGGAAAUGAAAAAAUUGGUAGAUAACAAAGAAAAAAUAGAUUCAUUGCAAGACAAUGUUCUCUGAGAACUGAGCCUAGAUGUUUGCAGUAUUCAACCUAUAUUUGACAAUGAAAAACAUCAUUACAGAUGGUGAAGGGAGAAAGAGGUAUUUAUUAAUAUUACAUGUAUAACUAGAGUGCUUCUUAUGCAUAUGAUUAGAAUAAAAGAACAUUUUGACAUGACAGAUGAGGUUAGUCCUCAGAGUAGCAGCUACACAAUAAUGUAGAGAACUUAAAUUAACGAUGGGGCAUUUUAUUAUCCGUUUACUUGUCUCUGAUCCAAACCAUGAGAAUUCUUAUAACCAUCACUCCAGACAUGAUCUUGGAGAUGUCCAACAUCACUUGUCAUCCCUCCCUGGCAUUGUUCACUUUAUGGACUAGAAAAGUGAGGGACUUCUCAGAAUCCAAACAAACAUGCUUUGUAACAUUGCUAUUCAUUCACCUCACAAAACUGGAGAUCUUGAGUGAGAUUCACAUCACCAUUCUGCAGAAAUGUGUCUUUUCCAAAUGGCAGGAGCUUGGGUUGGAAAGUGGAAAUGUUACUAAGUUAAUGACCAGUCUUCCAAAUACUUGUAAGUGCAUAGAAAAUAAAAAUAAGGGUAGAAGAUGUGCAAAGAUGAACCUUCCAGUGCUUCCUGGAUUGUCCCUUCACUUCCAGACGUAAAUUAGCCAAGGUGAAUAUGCCAGUGUGAUGGAGAUAUUUUGGAAAGCAAACUCUGACAUCAUCUGUGCACAUCUUAUUUGGUCUAUGAGGACAACCCGUUUCUAGAUUGAGAACAGGAAGAAAGUGUAAGGCGCUGGGAAAGAGGUCAACAGUGUUUAAUGUUUGCCUCUUUUUAGGCAACUCUGCUGUUCUCAUUCUAAAUAUUUAAAGGAAUAAACUGAAGUAUCCUUCCUUUUGGAGCAUUUAUAAAUAACAUCUGCAUCUCAAAGACCUCCGUAAAGGACUGCUAUAAAAAGACUCUGUAAGCCAGGAGUUCAUUUCUCAAAACAAAUGAUACUAUCUUAAUUAGCCUUUCUAUUGCUUUACCUCCUGACAAAUACUUAGUUCCUUCUUUGGCUACCUCACCACUUGCAUGGGAUUCAACAAAAUUAAGGAAUUUCAGGUAGCACAUGAGUUUCUUGCUACUUAGAAUUGGGUUCAAUGUACGUGGAUUGUUAAAGAAAAUGUCUGCAUAGAUUUUCUGAUGCUUUUGCAGUUACGAACUUCAGCUAUGACUGUUAGGCAAUGUUUGUACAUCUGUCACUGAACACAAUAAUUAUUGGAGUAUCAUUGCCUUUAUCUGUUUCAAGUCUUGGGGCCAGACUCGUUUGAUACCAAAUAUCAC